AUGAAGCUGAACAUCGCCAACUCCGCAACUGGGCAACAAAAGACUAUCGACUUUGAUGAUGAGAGGAAAUUCCGCAUCUUCUACGACAAGAAGAUGUCACAAGAAGUCCCUGGGGAUCCGCUGGGUGACGAGUUCAAGGGCUACAUCUUCCGCAUCACCGGCGGCAACGACAAGCAGGGUUUCCCCAUGAAACAGGGCGUGCUCCUCCCUCAUCGGGUGCGGCUCCUCCUCUCCGACGGCCACUCGUGCUAUCGCCCCCGCCGCACCGGCGAGCGCAAGCGCAAGUCCGUCCGUGGUUGCAUUGUCGGUCCCGAUAUCGCCGUGCUAUCCCUUGUCAUCGUCAAGCAGGGCGAUAACGAGCUCCCCGGUCUCACUGACAACGUCCUUCCCAAGCGUCUCGGCCCCAAGCGCGCGACCAAGAUCCGCAAGUUCUUCAACCUCUCCAAGGAGGAUGACGUGCGGAAGUAUGUCGUGCGGAGAGAGGUCACGAGCGCGAAGAAGGAGAACGCGAAGCCUUACACCAAGGCGCCCAAGAUUCAGCGGUUAGUCACCCCACUCCGUCUACAACGCCGCCGUCAUCUGCGCUCUCUCAAGCGCCGCCGGAUCGAGCGUCAGAAGGAGCAGAAGGGAGAGUACGAUACUCUCAUUCAGAAGCGCGUGGCUGAGAAGAAGGAGAAGAUGGCAGCCGCGAAGGCAUCACACAAGAAGGCCACGGCUUAA